GCUACCCCACUUUGACUGUUAAUUGAAAGCAUUUCUUGUAAAGCAUCUUUUUGAGAGUAAAGUUAAAACAAAUUUAAACGGAUUCUUUUUCCUUGAAGAACUGCUUUUUAUGGCUUUCACUUCAGUCACUAACCCAAGGAUGGAACCAAAAUCCCAGGGAGUAGUAUCCUUUGCAGAUGUGACUGUGGGCUUCACCCAGGAGGAGUGGCAGUAUCUGGACCCUGGCCAAUGGUCCCUGUACAUGGAGGUGAUGCUGGAGAACUACAGUCACCUUGUCUCAGUGGGGUAUUGUGUGACCAAGCCAGAAGUGAUCUUCAAGCUGGAGCAAGGAGAGGAGCCGUGGAUGCUGGAGGAAACAUUCUCAAGUCAGAGCUUCCCAGAAAUACCCUGUAAGUAUGACUCACAUGGAAUUAAUUUCAACAAUAUUUCAGAAUUACUUAUUAGGAAAACUAACUUAAGAAAAAAUCUGGAUGAAUUUAAUACCUGUGGAAAAUUAUUGUUCAACAUUAAAUGUGAGAAAACCCUUACUAGAGAGAAAAGUGAAGUUUUAAAAAAUAAAGCUACACCUGAUGAUCAUGCAAGUCCUAUUCAGCAUGAAAAAUUCGAGACUUUAGAGCAUGCUUUUGAAUAUAAUGUGUGUCAGGAAGCCAUCCUGGGAAAGAAAAUGUUCAAUCCACACAAGCAUGAAAGCACAGAAGAUAGAGACUAUGAAUGUACUGCAUAUGGGAGAACUUUCUCUGACGGUUCAUCACUGGUGUUCCCUCGGCUGUCUCUCACUGAAGAGAAUCACUGUGAACUUAAUGAUUGUGAGAAGUCCACGGCUUUCCAACAUGAUGGUGUGCGUAUCAAACACUGUGAGCAUAAUAAAAUGGAGAAUAAUUUUAGGAGGAAGUUAUGUAUCUCACAAGUUCAAAAAACUCAUAAAAGACAGAAGUACUUAGAGUGUAGCAAAGCUUCCUGUGAGAAGUCACAUCUCAUAGGACAUCAGACAGCACACACAGGAGAGAAAUGCUUUCAAUGUGAUAUUUGUGGAAAAACCUUCUGGGACAAGUCAAACCUCACUAAACAUCAGAGAACACAUACAGGAGAGAAGCCCUAUGAAUGCAAUCAAUGUGGGAAAGCCUUUAGCUACAAGACAUCUCUCAGAGUGCACCAGAGAACACAUACAGGACUGAAACCCUAUGAAUGUUAUGAAUGUGGAAAAUCGUUUUUUACAAAUUCACACCUUACAGUACAUCAGAGAACACAUACAGGGGAGAAGCCCUUCGGUUGUCCAGAUUGUGGGAAAUCCUUUUGUCAAAAAUCACAACUUACUGUACAUCAGAGAACACACACAAAUGAGAAACCUUAUGGAUGUCCAGAUUGUGGAAAAUCCUUUGGUCAAAAAAAACACCUAGAACAACAUCAGAUAAUUCACAUGGGGAAUAAGCCCUACGUAUGUAAUAUAUGUGGUAAAAGUUUCUACCACAAGUCAGUACUCACCAGGCAUCAGAUAACACAUACAGGAUUAAAACCUUAUGAAUGUUAUGAAUGUGGGAAGGCCUUCUGCUUAAAAUCAGACCUCACAGUUCAUGAGAGAGCACACACAGGAGAGAAUCUCUUCACAUGUUCAGAAUGUGGGAAAUUCUUUAGCCGUAAGUCAACUCUCUCUCAACACUUGAGAACACAUACAGGGGAGAAACCGUAUGAAUGUCAGGAAUGUGGAAAAAUAUUUUAUGAUAAGUCAUACCUGGCUACACAUAAUAGAACACACACAGGAGAAAAACCCUAUGAAUGCAACAAAUGUAGGAAAACCUUCUGCCAAAAGUCACAGCUCACACAGCAUCAAAGGACUCAUACAGGGGAGAGACCCUAUGAAUGCGGUCAGUGUGGAAAAGCCUUCUGCCACAAGUCAGCUCUAACUGUACAUCAGAUGAUUCACACUAAAGAAAAACCCUAUAAGUGUAAUGAAUGUGGCAAAUCAUUCUGUGAGAAAGCAAAGCUCAUUUCACAUCAAAGAACACACACAGGGGAGAAACCCUAUGAAUGUAAUGAAUGUGGGAAAUCCUUUAGUCAUAAAUCAUCCCUCACAGUACAUAACAGGACUCAUACGGGGGAGAAAUCUUGUCAGUGUAAUGAUUGUGGGAAAAUCUUUUACCGUAAAUCAGCCCUUACUAGGCAUCAGAGAUCACACACAGGGGAGAAACCAUACGAAUGUAACAUAUGUGGGAAAACCUUCUCUCGAAAGUCAAACCUCAUUGUACAUCAGAAGUUACAUGUAAGAGGAGUGUCAUGAAUAACGUGAAUAGUAUGUUUAGUCACUUGUCAGUCCAUGUUAUAUUUCAGGGUGUAUACAUUGAAGAAACCUCUGUUGACAUACUGAAUGUUCAGUAACUUUUAGCCACAAACUAAACUUUAUUUCAGAUUAGUGCAAAGUGAUAAACCCAUAGGCAGCAACAAAUUUCAGGAUAACCUUCAUUACUAGGUGACAUCCUAAGUUACUACUGGUAUAAAACCUUGUACUUUUUUAUAUUUUAGACAGGGUCUCCCAUAGUCCCCAGUAACCUGGAACUCACUGUGUAGACCAUGCUGAGCUCUAUCUCACAGAGAUCUGCCUGCCUCUGCCUCUCGAAUGCUGGGAUUAAAGGCGUGUGCCACCACACCCAGCAUAAACCUUAUGCACUUUUAACAUUAACAGUUUUAGGAAAAAUGUAAAUUUGUUUAUGUUAGAAUUUAUAUUAAGAAAUUUUUCAAUUUAUGAAAUAAACAUCAAAAUUUUUGCU